CAAGUCAUUUUGUCUGUGGUCACCAUGCCAUAAAUCAAAGGCCCCGUAAAGCUUUUGGGGAAAACAUUUUAAAGCUUGGCUCAGCAGUGAGCUGCGAUCAGCUGAAUGGGAAGGAGAGAUGUCAGCCCUGCUCUCUGCUGGUACCUAACUGAAAGGACCCCUUUCUCUGCAUCCAGCUUCCCGCUUACUGGAAGAUGUCAGCAAUUGGAGUAGUGUCCUCCUGUUCCUGUCUCCGUCCUGGUGUGUGGCUGCUGAAACCAGCAAGGCAGAAGAUGAACUCCCUCAGCUUACACACGGCAGCCAGAUGUGCAGCCAAGGAUUAUUAUGAAGUCCUUGUGUUGGGUGGAGGUGCUGGUGGAAUCACCAUGAGUGCUCGGAUGAAGAGGAAGGUUGGGGCAGGAAAUGUGGCUGUUGUGGAGCCAAGUGAUACUCAUUACUAUCAGCCACUGUGGACCUUGGUUGGCGGUGGUGCAAAGCAGCUGGCAGCUUCAGCACGUCCAACGGGAAGCGUAAUGCCUAAAGGUGUUGAGUGGAUCAAAUCUCGAGUCACAGCACUGGAUCCAGAUAAGAACUGCGUCUGCCUGGAGAAUGAUACCAAGGUAUCUUACAAGUAUCUGAUAAUUGCCCUUGGGAUUAAUCUGCAUUACGAAAAGAUCAAAGGCUUGCCGGAGGGUUUCCAUCACCCUAAAAUAGGUUCCAAUUACUCAGUUCAUACGGUGGAGAAAACGUGGAAAGCUUUACAAGAUUUCAAGGAAGGAAAUGCUAUCUUCACUUUCCCAAAUACUCCAGUGAAGUGUGCAGGGGCUCCUCAGAAGAUCAUGUAUUUAUCAGAGGCCUACUGGAGGAAAACAGGAAAACGUUCCAAAGCAAACAUAAUGUUCAACACUUCACUUGGUGUCAUUUUUGGUGUGAAGAAGUAUGCUGAUGCAUUGCUUGAAAUAAUAAAGGAGAGGAAUAUCGCUGUUAACUACAAGUGCAACCUUGUAGAAGUUCGAGCAGACAAGCAGGAAGCUGUGUUUGAAAACCUGGACAAACCCGGAGAGACUGAAGUUCAUCAGUAUGAAAUGCUUCAUGUCACACCUCCAAUGGGGCCGCCCGAUGUCCUCAUCAACAGUCCUGUCUCUGAUGGAAUUGGCUGGGUCGAUGUAGAUAAGGAAACUCUGCAACACAAGAAGUAUCCUAAUGUCUUUGGUAUUGGAGACUGUACCAACCUUCCAACAUCAAAAACUGCUGCAGCUGUAGCUGCCCAGUCUGGAGUGCUUGAUCAAACUAUUUCACUGGUAAUGAAGAACCAGUUGCCAACGAAGAAGUAUGAUGGAUAUACUUCCUGCCCACUAGUAACGGGCUACAACAAGGUGAUUCUAGCAGAAUUUGACUAUGACGCUCAGCCUUUGGAGACCUUUCCCAUUGACCAGGGCAAGGAGAGAGUAACCAUGUACCACAUGAAAGCGGAUAUGAUGCCUUUUCUCUACUGGAAUGCACUGCUUAAGGGAUACUGGGGUGGACCAGCUCCUGUCAGGAAGCUGAUGCACCUGGGCUUGAAGUAACUGCUGGUUCUGCAUUGGUCAAACACUUCUGAAGAAAAAGGACUGGUCUCACACUGGAUCAAUGCCCAUCUUCCCUCUUGGAUUACCUAGACUGAAUAUUUUUUUCUUUUUUAAUUAAGCUUUUGUCCUAAAUUCACUUUCCCCCCCUAACAUGGAUUAACCCUUCAUAUGCUUUCUCUGCUCUUCUAUAAAAACCAAGGGGCCUUAAACUACUGCCAUUACCCACAGGAAUCUGAACUUGCCUUAAGCUACAGAUCACUACUGACCUCUUCUGGAGCCAGCAAUAAUGUUAAAGCUCUUGUAUGUGCAAAAUUUUCUCACUGACUCUAAACUGAAUCGUCUGCCUCCAAAUGAAUGCGCGCACGGGAUUUAAGAGCAAUUCACCGCUAGUAAAAUGGCCUGAAACCCUCUUCUUGUUUUUUAAUUUUUGAAGAGCAAAACCAGUCCAAACUGCUUCAUCAAGAAGCAUAUGUGCUGUCUAAUUAGAGGGAUUAGAGAAAUUAAUGCAGCAGGUUACUGAAAGAACUCAAAGUAGU